AUGCUGCAAUCGUCUACAAAGAAGAAAAAGACGGGUAAAAAGGUGGCAGAACCAGAUCAUGGACUCCUGAUGCAUGGCAUAUCACAAGCGCAAGUGGAGAUACCGAUCCAAGUCCCAAGCACAGUAGCAAUCCCAGACUGCUAUCGUUGGAACCUCCUUCCAACUUUUCGCGGCCAAGAACGUCUCAAUCACUUGGCCACUGCGAGAAAGGAGAGCCUUAGACUGGUCGAGGGCGAAAUUGCGGCAACCAAAAAGGCCAUCGAGAAUAGCAACGCGGAAAUUUUGAACUUAGAAGCGACGAUUAGUCGCAGCAGCCAUGCUGCGAGUCUAAUGGAGAAGUGCUCGGAAUCAAUCAAAACGAUUAGAAACGAGACCUCGUGUCUUGACGACAUUCCGAAAACAAUACUUGCGUCGGCUACUGGGCUUAAAAGCUUUGACAUGUGUGAAGCUAUAGCUCGCCUUGUUGGAAAUAGUUCAUCAGACGAAUUCGAGGCCUUCGGCACCCUGAUGUCUGAGUGGUCUACCAACGCCGCGAAGAUGAAGGCAAUGAUAGUAGAAAUGCAGAAGGAGCUGCUGGACUGGCGCUUGGAACAUGCGCUUGACAGUGGCCACCUCUCACAGCUCGAAGACUACCACCACUCGUUAAUGGAGAUUAUCAAUACCACCUCCGCCGUUAUGUCCCCAAUUCGGAGAACGCCAACCGAAGUCUGGGCCAAAAUAUUUGACUACUGGGUCCAUGAUCGUGACCUUGUAGCCAGCCAUCAUAACCUUCCUUCUCCACUUCUGCUCGGCCACGUUUGUAGCGUGUGGCGCCAAAUCUGUCUCAGUACGCCAAGCCUAUGGAGGCGGGUUGAUAUUCAUCCAUUUGAUUUCUGGCCGCAGUCUUUGCUUGACAUCGUCACUCUGGCACAAAUUGCGGGCAGCGGGCAGUCAUUGGACUACGUGUUCUUUGAUCAGUUCCGAGCUUAUUGGGGAGAUGAAGCCCAGGAUCUUAGUUUCAAUGGGUCAUUUUACCCUGAAUAUUAUCAGUCGGUACGGCGUGAUCUGGCCCAAAGCAAAGGGAAACUCGCAAAUCUUCCCCGUCUGCGGCUUUACCUAAGCCCUAGCGCUCCCCUCACUGUCCCUACGCUCUCGGUCAACUCUACCAAAAAACUUACCCUCUGUGGGAAUUCCGCACCACGAGACCACGACUUGGCCGCGCUGCUGACUCUGUGCGUGUCUGCGGAGGAGUUGGUUAUGGAGAAUGUUUGGCUCACAAGUACUUCCUCCGUCUCAAUGCCGAAGUUGAAAUGUCUCCGUUUGCGAAUCAACCGGUUCGAAUCAUUUAACAUUUCCGCCUUACUCGAGCCUUCACUUCAAGAGCUCGAUAUUCGUCAUGCCGACGCACAUUCCUCGAUCAUGUGCUCUACCAAUUCAGCCCUUCUGACAAACCUACGGAAGCUCGCGGUUACCCCACAUGAGCAUUCGUUACUUUCCCACCUCAUGACGCCAAACCUGAAGCAGGUCAAGAUUUACCCUCCAAACUCGACUUCAGCUGCGGAGGCAAGCAGACCUGAUUCGACAGGUAGUGUCGUCGAGUCCUUCGUCGUUGCAUUUCUACCAAGACUUCAGAAAGUAGAGGAGGUGACAUUCUGCGAAUGGCCAAAGCCGUCAUUAACUGCAGACUACCUCGACGUACUCAAAAGCAUGCUCAGUGCCUCGUCUCCCCGACACGUCCGCUUGGAGGGAUGCCAUCUCGACCCGGUCGCGCUCAUCUCUCUACUUGCCAAAGCCAACGGCGAGAAGGUCGAUAUGGAGGAGCUAUUGAUGACCAAUCUACCCAAGAGUAACGACACCAAUUCUCCUCCACUCCCUGUCACGUCCAAUUUGAAGUCAGUCACCGAACUUACGAUAUCCUCCUGUACUGGUGUGACACGGAACGAGUGCGACAUAUUGGCGUCGACAGUAGGCAAGCUGAACAUCUAUGUGUAG